CAGGUUGAAACGGCUGAUGACAUCACGGUUCCCGGGAGCGGAGGAGCUGGAGCCAGAGCCCGAGGGAGCCUGAGCUGCUGGGGGCUGCAGACAUGGAGGGCCGGAGCAGCAGCAGCAGUGGGAAGCCAGGGACCCGGGCCGGCCUGGGCUCCUUGCUGGUGCCUCAUGGGGUUUCUCAAAUUGGAACACCCUCCAAGGUGGACUCAAGUUUUCAGCUCCCAGUGAAGGAGACUGCAGCUCCAGAACCCUUGGAACCAAGGUUGGCUCUGGCGCCUGUGGGGCCACGAGCAGCAAUGUCACCUUCCUUAGAGGGGCCAAGGCUGGCUCUGGCAUCUCCCCGGCCCAUCCUGUCUCCACUGUCUACCCCUGGAGGGCACAGAAGAGCUCCUGCCCACCGCAGCUCCAGCCAAGCCCCAACAUGUGUGGGCCAGCUGGUGGUGUGUGCCUCAGCUGGACCAAAGCCUUCCCCAGCAACCUCAGGCUCAGUCCUGGCUCCAACAUCUCUGGGGCAGCUGGUGGUGUCUGCCUCAGCUGUCCCAAGACCUUCCCCAGCUACCCUGAAGACCAGCAUGGCUCCAGCUUCCAGAGACAAGAAGCAAUUGUCACCCACCUCCAUGGAACCUAAGUCAGCAUUGGCAGCUUCAAGCCUGAGCCUGGCCCUGGCUUCUCAGGAGGAGUCCCACCAGCCCCCAUCCAGUCCUUCCCCAGUGCCCAGUCCAGUUCUGUCGCCCUCUCAGGAACAGACCCUGACUCCAGCAUCCAUGGCCUCACCCCCUCCUUCUAUGGGAUGGACAGCAACUAGACAGAAGGAUGCCCCAGUCCUGAGACCACUCCCCGCUUCUGAGGGGCAUCUCCAGCCUCCAGCUCAGACAUCUGGGCCUACAGCCUCCCCAUCCUUGAUCCAAACUUCCCCAGACCCCCGGCUCUCCCCAACCUUCAGAGCCCGGCCUGAGGCUCCCCGCAACAGCCCCGAGGAACCUGUCCUGCCACGGCCACCGCAGACCCUGCCCUUGGAUGUGGGCCAGAGCCCUCCGGAGCCUGGCACCCGUUCCCCUGGACUUCUGUCCCCUACCUUCCGGCCAGGGACACUCUCAGGCCAGACAGUACCCCCAGCUCUGCCCAAGCCACCUCGGUCUCCCAGUCGCUCCCCCAGCCGCUCCCCCAGCCACUCUCCCUGUGUCCCCUCAGCCCCUGAGGUGACUGUCCCCAAGCCUGGCACCCAGAGUACAGGGCCUGCCACUCAGAGCGUGGGACCUGGCACCAAGGGCGCAGGGCCUGUCACCCAAGGUACAGGGCCUGGGAACCAGGGUGCAAUGCCUGGCAGGGGCCUGAGCCCCAGUCUUCAAGCCCGAGAAGCUCCAGCCCCGGUCACCACCUCUCCUACAUCCACUUCAUCAUCCUCCUCUUGGUCAGCUCAGCCUACCUGCAAGAGCGACCCCGGAUUCCGGAUCACUGUGGUCACAUGGAACGUGGGCACCGCCAUGCCUCCAGACGAUGUCACAUCCCUCCUCCACCUGGGCGGUGGUGAUAACAGUGAUGGUGCAGACAUGAUCGCCAUAGGGUUGCAAGAAGUGAAUUCCAUGAUCAACAAGAGACUCAAGGACGCUCUCUUCACGGACCAGUGGAGCGAGCUAUUCAUGGAAGCGCUGGGGCCCUUCAAUUUCGUGCUGGUGAGUACGGUGAGGAUGCAAGGCGUCAUCCUUCUGCUCUUCGCUAAGUAUUACCACCUGCCCUUCCUGCGGGACGUGCAGACCGACUGCACACGUACUGGCCUGGGCGGCUACUGGGGUAACAAGGGUGGCGUGAGUGUGCGCCUGGCAGCUUUCGGGCACAUGCUCUGCUUCCUGAAUUGCCACCUGCCUGCGCAUAUGGACAAAGCGGAGCAGCGCAAGGACAAUUUUCAAACGAUCCUUAGUCUCCAGCAAUUCCAGGGACCCGGUGCACAAGGCAUCCUGGAUCAUGACCUUGUGUUCUGGUUUGGGGACCUGAACUUCCGCAUCGAGAGUUACGACCUGCACUUUGUCAAGUUCGCUAUCGACAGCGACAAGCUCCAUCAACUCUGGGAGAAGGACCAGCUCAACAUAGCCAAGAACACUUGGCCCAUCUUGAAGGGCUUCCAAGAGGGGCCCCUUAACUUCGCUCCCACCUUCAAGUUUGAUGUGGGCACCAACAAAUAUGAUACCAGUGCCAAGAGGCGGAAGCCAGCCUGGACAGAUCGUAUCCUGUGGAAAGUCAAGGCUCCAGGUGGAAGUCCUAGCCCUUCAGGACGGGAGAGCCACCGGCUCCAGGUGAUGCAACACAGCUACCGCAGCCACAUGGAAUAUACAGUCAGUGACCACAAGCCCGUGGCUGCUCAGUUUGUUUUGCGGUUUGCCUUCAGGGACGACGUGCCACUGGUACGGCUGGAGGUGGCAGAUGAGUGGGUACGGCCAGAGCAGGCUGUGGUGAGGUACCGCAUGGAAACAGUGUUUGCCCGCAGCUCCUGGGACUGGAUCGGCUUGUACCGGGUGGGUUUCCGCCACUGCAAGGAUUACGUGGCCUAUGUCUGGGCCAAACAUGAAGAUGUGGAUGGGAAUAUCUACCAGGUACUUCAAAGGAAGGGAAGAAAGGGGAAACUCCCAUUGCCCCGGGGAACUCAGGACUCAGCCUGGGGGGUCCUGAGCCUGCCCCCUGACCCCAAUUUGGGACUAUAUCCCUGGGUUCACCAGGUGACAUUCAGUGAGGAAUCACUACCCAAGGGCCACGGAGACUUCAUCCUGGGCUAUUACAGUCACAACCAGAGCAUCCUCAUCGGUGUCACUGAACCCUUCCAGAUCUCUCUGCCUACCUCGGAGUCCUCCAGCAGCAGCACAGACAGCUCGGGCACCUCCUCGGAGGGUGAGGAUGACAGCACUCUGGAGCUGCUUGCACCCAAGUCCCGCAGCCCCAGUCCUGGCAAGUCCAAGCGACACCGUAGCCGCAGCCCAGGACUGGCCCGUUUUUCCAGUUUUGCCCUCCGACCCUCCUCCCGUGAACGCCGUGGUGCCAGCCGUAGCCCCUCGCCCCAGAGCCGCCAGCUACACCGCGUGGCCCCCGAUAGGAGCAAUGGCAGGAGCAACGGCACCAGCAGCAGAGGCAGUAGUGAAGAAGGGCCCUCUGGGCUGCCUGGCCCCUGGGCCUUCCCAUCAACUGUGCCUCGAAGCCUGGGCCUGCUGCCUGCCUUGCGCCUAGAGACCGUAGAUCCUGGUGGUGGUGGCCCCUGGGGGCCUGAUCAGGAAGCUCCUGACCCUGACAGCCUGUCUCCUAGCCCCUAGGGCAGGCAGGGGCUAGAGGAAGGGGGCCUGGGGCCCUGAGGGCAAAGUAGGCAGACGGGCCCACGUGGCCCCACACUGCCUCACUCUUCCAUAAACCCACCUGCCUCUCUCCUGCUGCCACUCCAGCUGUAUCUGUACCUGCCUUUGUCCUGGCCAGGGGUGGCCAAUUGGCACCUCAACUGUGACAAUCAGCAAAGCCCCGCCUGGGCCCCCAUCUGGGAUGGUGGGGAAAAUCUGGCAGAUGUCCCAAGCCCAGAGGUCAUUCAUCAGGAAUUAAAUUCUCCAGCUUCA